AUGACGCUGCUUGUCAGCGGAUGCUCGUCCCCUGACCAGUACGCGGGCACACUUAGACGCCCUGGCAGUGAUUUUUCUUUUUUCACAGUGGAGCAGGAAUACAUCCAGAAGAAAACCUUCACUAGUUGGAUAAAUUUACAGUUGGCAAAGCAUACUCCUCCUUCCGUUAUCUCAGAUCUAUAUACAGAUGUCAAAGAAGGUUGUGUGCUCUUGGACCUGCUGGAAGUACUUUCAGGUCAACAACUGCCACGGGAGAAAGGAUGUAACACCUUCCAGUGCAGAAGCAAUAUAGAAAAUGCCUUGAAAUUUUUAAAGAGCAAAUCAAUCAAGCUCAUAAAUAUUCAUGUUGCUGACAUUAUUGAAGGAAAACCUUCCAUUGUGCUUGGCCUAAUUUGGACAAUUAUAUUACAUUUUCAUAUUGAAGAACUUGCGUGGACCCUUGGUAGUAGUUAUAAUCAGCCAUCUCUUGAUUGUUCGAGCGUUGUCGACUCAUCUGUAAGCCCACAGGCAAGAAAAAGAGGUAAAGUUAAGAAAAGGUGGAAGAUGUCUGCAAAAAAGGCCCUCCUGUUGUGGGUGAAGGAGCAGUGUGCAGUGCAUGGAUCUAUCAAAGUGGCAGAUUUCAAAUCAAGCUGGAGGAAUGGACUGGCUUUUUUAGCUAUCAUCCAUGCCUUAAGACCAGAUUUAGUUGACAUGGACAGAGCAAAGGGUAGAGCCAACAAAGAAAAUUUGAAGGAGGCUUUUAAAAUUGCAGAACAUGAAUUAAAUAUUCCAAGACUUCUUGAACCUGAAGAUGUUGAUGUUAUCAGUCCAGAUGAAAAAUCUAUCAUGACUUAUGUGGCUCAGUUUCUGCAGUAUUCCAGAAGUUUACCAGUGGCUGAAGAAGACAUGCAGGGGAAAGUAAAAGAGGCCUUGAGCUGGCUGACUGCACAAGAGAAGAAGUUAACAAAGUUGUUGGUUGAUACAGAAAAUGAAACAUGCUAUAGAAAAUUUCAAGAAAUGCUGGCAUUCAUGGAAUUGUUUAAUGAAGAGAAAAGACCCUUUCUGCCAGUGUUGUCUUCAAAAAGAAGUGUGCCUGAGCUAAAUGAAGAGCAGAAACAGAUGAAAGCAGCAUGGAAUAACCUAACCUCCCAGAUUAAUGAAUGGAAAACAAAGCUGGACUGUGCACUACCCCCACCUCUAGACAGCAUCGAGGUCUGGCUCCAAGAAGUAGAACAUCUGCUGGCAGGUUUACCUGAUUUGCAGGACCACUGUAAAGCAAUGGCCCUCUUCAAAGAAAAAAUCAUCUUAUUUAAGGGCUUGAUGGAUUAUUUUGACUGUCACUUGGUCAGCCUUCAAUCCUUUGAGAAUAAAGAUGAGAAGGAUAUGCCACUGGUACCAACUGAGAAGCUAGAUGACAUGAAAAGAAGAUUCGGCAAUAUCCAGUCUACAAACUUCAGCAUGCUUCUAGAAUACCACUUCUGCCUGUGCUCAGCUAUCUUGGAUGAAGUGACAUUAAAGUUAAAUAUCAGGGAUAUCAAAUAUGGGACUAAGGAAUCUGUGGAGUUACUGCUGAGAGAUUGGCAUGAUUUUAUUGAAGAAAGGGGAGUCACAUCUCAGCUAGAAACUGCUUUUCAUAUAUGUGAAGACAUGAAAAACAAGAACAUAAGCACGAAUGUCUUAGUUGGUGAUCCUCCAGACACUUGUAAACUAUUUAAGAUGGUAGACUCUAAGAUUUCUAUGUGCAAAGAAUAUAUUUACAAUGUAAACACUGUCCUACAAAAAGUUCUACGUUCUUGGGCUACUUACAUGGAGAACAUUCAUUUACUGAAAACAUGGUUGGACGAAAAACGAAAAGGACAUCCUAAAAAGGUCCCCACUGAGAUACUGGCAGACUGGAACUCAGUGCAUGGUUCCUUAAAUGAAGCUGGAAACUUCUUAAUUGAAGUCAGCAAUGAGCGAGUGGGAUCAGAUAUUUCUAAAGAACUGAAAAAACUGAACACAAGAUGGGCUAAAUUUAUAAAGAGAACACAGUUUGAGAUGAGGUUACUGAGAAUGCAAGAAGAGCAAAAGAAGUCAGUUGUUGACAGUAAUGGAAAUUCUCAGACUCCUGCUGAGGCAGUGCCAAAUGCACUCAGUGUUACAGCAGAUAUAUCAACAGAGGCUAGUAAGAAACACAUUCAGAAUGCAGAGCUUAGCGAAAAGAAUGCAGAUGUAACUGAAGAGGCCACUGAGCUUCUGCCCAGAGUGGAGAAAAUUGAAGAGCUUCUCAAAGGAGUAGAAAACUGGGCCACAGAAACAGAAUGCCUCUUUGAGACGAUCAAACGUGAAGGAUGCGUGCGAAGCUCAACAGAACAAUCUUUACAGAUCCUAAUUGCCAGAAGGACCUUGUGCCAAGAACAAGUUGCUGCAGCAGAAGAUAUCUUGCAAGUUUUGACACAUAAUAUUUCAAGCCAGGUGUCCCUCCCGGAUUUUGAGACAGCUGAGCUACAGACACGAAUUAAAGAAGUCAGAGAGAGACUCCAGGCUGCCAUGAAUAACCUAGACCUUGUGUCACCCAAAUCUGAAGAGACUCUGUCAAAAAAGGAGGUCAUGAUCCAUUUUGAAAAAUCCCAGAAGCAGCUUGAAACAUCUAUUUUAAAAGCUAUGCAACUUAUCAGCCAAAAAGUGAGCCCUGAUAAGCACAUUUCAAAAAAUGAGGAAGCUUUUAGCAUUUUGGACACAAGAAUUCUUGAAAAUUUUUUGAAAGCAGCUGAACAAUUGAAAAAUAUUUCACCAGCUCAUGAAAAGUUAGCAGUGGAGGAAAGAUGCAAAGAUGUUCGUGAAAGAUGGGAGGCAGUUCAUCGUGAAAUCAUGUCAUGUAUUCAGUUCAUAAUGGAAAUUGAAAUAGGGAAAUUUAAUGCAACUUUUUCAAAACUCAGUAAGCAAAUAAUUAAAGAGAAGAAACUCCUUAGCGUGGGUAAAACCAAGGGACUUAUAAAAGAACACGAGGCUUUUUUUUCUCCUGAACGCAGCCUGGGGGAACUAAACAACUGCCUACAAGUUCUUAAAGCAAUGUGUGAAAGAUUGACUGCAGAAGAAACUCACCCAAAAACAAAGACACUAGUUGCAGAGUGUGAACGAAAGCAAGAAGAACUUCAAAAAUGUGCUGCAGAUGUUUACGUAACUCUGCUGUCCCACGUUGGAGGUGGCCAGGCAUCUAAACAAGGGGGUUCUAUACUUGCUCCUGAGAAUGAAGAAAAGGAAACAUCUUCCCAAACAGUUGAUAUACUUUCAACUCAGGAGGCAUCAGGACCAGCUUCAGAUGUAAUUUUGGAAUCAGACAUGAAACAGAAUGGUGAAAGCUGUACAAAGAAGUUUGAGAAAGACAGCGAUGUGCCCUUAGAGACUUUAUUAGAGAGCUUUGAUACACAGAGGAGUAAUCUCGAACUUCAUUUACAAAGAAUCAAAGAUGAAGUAGAGUCUCCUUUUACUGAUGAAAUAAAAGACACCUCAUGCCUUCAGAAUAAGCUGCUAGAUCUACAGGUUAUAGACAGUAAAGCUAAUUCUUGUUGGACACAGUUUGAAAUUAUUGCAUCUAAACUAGAAAAUCUUAUGGAUGACACAGGGAAGCCUGUUAUUUCUGAAACACAAAACAGACUUAACAGAGAGUGGAGUGAACAUCAGAUUAUUCUAAAUGCCAGAAUGAAGUCUUUAAAGAUUGCUUUGGAAGUUGUUUCGCCAAUAGAAAAUGAAUUCAUUCUUGUAUGUGACUCAGAUGAUCAACUCCACAGAAAGGACAUUCAGCAAUUUACUCUGACAAAUAUUGAUCUCAUUUAUGGAGAACUGAAGAAGGUCCAGAGCUGUAUAGUAAAUCAGAUUGAAUUUUGCAAACAACUGGAAAACCUAGACAGCUCAACAGGAGAUGAAUUUAACCUAAUAGAUUUGCAAGCAGCACGCGAGAUUAUGCUUAAAUAUAAAAGACAGUUUGAAGAAAUGAAUCAUAAAAUGCAGGCCAGUGAAAUGGUUCUCAAAGAACUAGAAGCUUUUUUGGCCUCAUUGAGAAGAGUUAAACUUUCUAUUGAGCAUGCAAUGGACUCUUCAAUUUCUGAUAAACCUGUGGUGCAAGGAAACACAUCAAAGGAAGCUGUGCAGCAGGAAGUUUCUCUGAUGAAGGAAAAGGCUAAAUGUUUGGAUGAGCGCUUGCAGAUGGUUGAUAUCUACUUGGAAGAUGCUGAAUGUGGGGGAAAGACUUGCUGUGAAAAACUCAUUGCGGCUUUAUCUGAAAAGGCAAACAAGGCUUUUGCCCAUCUGAGUAAGGAGGAGCUCAUCCAAGAAAAUGAGUUACAGGAGAUUUUUUCCACAAGAAAUAAUGAACUCUUAAAAAAUAUUCAAGAUUUACACGAUAAAAUUAAUAAAAUAGGCCUGAAGGACCCAACAAUUCCUGCUGUUCAACAAAGGAUAAAAUCAUUAACUGAAUUGGAACAGGAAUUGGGUUGCUAUGCUAUUGAAAUGAAAUCCAUACGAGAAAUUGCUAACAAGUUUCUACAGAUUGAAGAGACAAAAGGAGAAGAAGCAGAUGAACAGUGCACAGUUACAGAAAGGUUGUGGGAGGAUACAAAACUGUCACUUGCUGAAUGCCAGGAGCAGUGUGUAAGGGUGGUGGAGCUCCUGAAACAGUAUCAAAGCUGCAAAAAUAGUCUGACGAGCAUGAUCCAGAAACAAGAGAGUGUCCUCUCACAGCAGACUUCUUACAUGGGGAAAGACAAUCUGCAGAGGAUGAUAGCAAAGAUUGAAGCGGUUAAAGAAGAAUUUAACGAUCACUCUGAAGAUGUAGAGAAAAUAAAUCAGAUCUGCAAAAACCUCCACUUCCAGAUCAAUAAAAUGAGAAGCUUCGAGGAGCCUCCCUUUCAGAAUGAGGCUGACAUUAUUGUGGACAGAUGGCUGGAUAUCAAUGAAAAAACUGAAAACUAUUGUAAUAAUUUGGGAAGAGCUCUGGCUUUGUGGGACAAACUUCUUAAUUUAUUCAGCAAGACUGACACAUGGGCAAAUACACAACUUAGGAGCAUAGAAGAACAUCAGCUGACUGAAGAGGAGGUGACACAAUUGAAGUCUUCUUUACAGGUCCAAGAGCAAAGCUUAGAGGAAUUUGACCGAAAAGUGGCUGAGAUAGAGCAUCUUCUUCAUAACAGUGAGCCUCCAUUGGAGUUACAGGUCAUCAAGUCAUCUGUUGAGAACAAAAUGGAGCUAAUAAGAAAGCACUUACCGAAUAAGAUGAGACCCAGUGAACUCAAUGGCAAUUCAGCAGAGCUAAAAGGGGACUUUGACCUUGCCAAGACACAGAUUGGGAUGACAGAAUCACUUUUAAAAGCUUUAUUCCCCUCUGACACUUUAGAGAUCUUUACGAAAUUAGAGGAGCUACAUCAGAAAAUUCUCCAACAAAAACACCAUGUGAAAUUACUCCAAAAAAAGACAGGUUGUCUGACUCCAGAAGUGGCUGAAUUAAAGAAGCAGCUUCAGUUUAUCACUGAUUUAUUUAAUACAAAGAAACACAUUUUCCAGGAUCAUUUUAUCAGUCUUUUGAACUAUCAGUGUAAGGAUUUUAAUGACUGGUUCAGCAGCACUCAGCUGUCUUUAAAGGAUUGUUUUGACCCAUCAGAAACAAAACAGACAUUGGAAGAAAAAUUGCAGAAGCUCAUGAGUUUCCUAACUUUUGAAGGCAAAGAGACUGACAUCCAAGAGGUAAAAUCUCUCUUGAGUAAGGUGAAGAGUUAUUUGCCUGAAGCAAAUGUUAACCAGCUUAGUAGCUGGGUGAGAGAUCAAGAAGCAGAAUUACAAAGCAUAACCUCCAAAUGUCAAAAACAAGAAAAGAAACUUCGUGCUUCUCUGCAGCAACUCAUUAGACUUCAAGAAGACAGCAGUGGCUUGAAGGAAUGGCUCACCAUUCAGGAAGAAAAAUUGCCAGAGACCAAAAAUGAGAAGAUAAAAUUAGAAAACUUUUACCAAAUGCUAAUAAAGCAGAGAGAAUCAUUUAACUCCUUAUCUCAGCUGGCAAAUUCUUUGAAGGAAUCUGGGUUUACAAGAGAUGAAACAGUGUCCGAAUCCCGUCAUCUCAUUAGUCGGUAUCAGGAACUACAGACACACAUAAGUGAAGCACUAGGAAUUAGUCAGACACGGUCCAUGGAAGGGCAGAAUUUUGAAGCACUUGCACAGAACAUGUCUUCUUGGAUAAAAAGACUUAAAGAAUCAGUUAUUGGCUUGAGUUCAUGGCAAGGCGAGUUGCCACUGGAAGAAAGGAUACAUCAAAUAAAGGAAAUAGUUUUUCUCAAAGAUAAGGGAGAUGCUAAAAUGCAAAACAUCAGAGCGCUGGGCAAAAUCUUAACAAGUACUGAAGGAGUGAAGGACCCCGCCAUUCAGCAGACUAUUUCUGAUCUCCAGAAUCGAUGGGAGUGCACUGUUCAUUUAGCCACCGAAUAUCUAAGCCACCAAGAACAGAUUCAACUUCAAAGCAAACAAUACAUGCAAAGCAAAGAAGAUUUGAGAUUAGUGCUGACUGAACUGAAGAAGCAGCAGCAGGAAUUAGGUUUUGAUGUUCAGGCUGGUUUGCAGGAGAAACAAACUCAGUUAACAAGUUAUAUAAAACUCCUGCAGAAAGCAGAAGGUUUAAUGUUCCUAUUAAAUGAAUUAAAAAGCCAAGGAGAUUAUCUACGGGAUUGCAUUGAGGAUUCCUGCUUCAUGGAAGAAUCACGGAUAGAACUAAAAUAUCUGCAUGAAAGUCUGCUCAGCCAGUUGCAGAACUCUAUGCAGGCACUGGAAGGUCAUGGUCAAGAACACCAGGGGUUCCAGGAUACAUUGGCAGCCUUGAGUAGCACGCUGAAGAGACUAUCAGCGGAGCUUUGUCAUUGUACUGAUACCUCAGUGGAAAAGCCAGCAGCUGAGAAACAGCAGCAGUUGAAAUUGCAGGAACAGGCACCUCUUAGUCAAUGUGAAGACACAUUAAAGAAGAUUUUGGCUUUAGCAGAAUCUGUUGAACAAAACACCUCUUUGGCAGAACAGAAGAUUACUAAGGAUGAAAUGGAAACACUUCAGUGUAAACAGAGGAAUUGGAAGGACAGACUUAAAAAUGUCAAGCAAGAGGGUGAGAAUGUUCUCAGUGACACCCCUGAGUCAAAGUAUGCAUUUGCUGAUGAAAUAAAGAUGCAGGAUGAGGCAGAUACAAUGAUAAAGAGAGAGAAGCAGGUCUUUUCUGAUAUUCUCACUGCUGUUGAAGAGAACAGCAGAACAGAAGAGCUGGAAGAAUGCUGGAAACUAAAUAACGGUCAAUGUUUAAAUGGAAAUGUAGCAGAGAAAGAACAACAAAAUAAUCUACAUUCUGAAGAAAGCAGAUUAUUGGCAGACCAUCCUCUAAAAGAUUCACAUCAGAGCAAGAACACACAAGAGCAAAGAGCUCAGGGUUCAAAUAUGGAAAUGGUUUUCCAGAAACAGAUUCUUCCUGAAGCCCAAGCAAAUGCUGAAUAUAUUGGUGAGGAACAAAAGGUCGCUGAGCUGAAAAAUCAAACUGCAGAAUUGGAUGUUAUGUUACUAAAUGAGCAAUUAAAAGAGAUAGAGAAUUUAUAUACUGAACUGGAAAAACAGAGAGCCACAGCUUUGUCUCUGAGGCAAGAGUUGUCACCCAGCACAACAGAAAUAAAUACAUCAAACCUGCAAAGUACAGAAUAUAUGGUUUUUUGCUGGGACAGGUUGCUUCAAGAAUUGGAAGCCAUUAAGAAGGUUAAGCAACACCAUUAUCAUCUAGUUAAUGAUUACCAGGAAAAUCUGUCUGCUGUUCAGUCUUCAAUGACAAGUUUAUCAAUAGAAAAAGAAAACAUAAAAACGGACCCUAUGAGCAACAUAGUUCUGGAGAAAAUUAAAAAAUGUAUGGAUUCAGUGCAGAAGGAGAGAGACAUUUUAAACAAGCUGAAAACUGAACAAGAUAAUUUAUCUAGGUAUCUGACAUGCAUAGAUAAGGAAUUAACAGAAAGCCAGGUGAAACAACUUGAUCGAUGGUGGGAACACGUAGAGCAAUCAGUGCAAAAGAAACAUUAUCAACUUGUGUCAGAAAUUGACGAAUUUAACCUUCUCAUGAACAAAGCACAGGACAUUCAAAAGUUGAUAGAGCACCAGCAGCAUUUACAAGCUGAGUUGAGUUCCCCAGAUGGACGAAAAAACAGUUGUCCAGUAUUUUGGACCUCAGAGCUACAAGCCAUUAAACACAAUGUUUCUUUGUUAAAAAGAAGAACUGAGCUGCAGAUGAAAAGGAUUUGGAGUGAGGAAGAAAAGAAAACUUUGGAAAAUUCAAUAAAUGAUUUGCAAAAUCAGUUGGAAGUAUUGGAGCACCAAACUCCUCAGGAGGAUGUUCAGAUCCUUAGUUCUGAUCCCAAGAAAUAUGAAAUCACAAAAAGGAUGAAAGAGAAUAUAUCAUGGGUCAAAGAUUCAUUGUUUUCUCUUGAUCAGAAGGCAGCACUUUUCCCAGAUGAUAUUAAAAUACAGAUCAGAAAUUGUAAGGCUGUGAACAGUGCAACUGUAGACAAAGAGUCUACUAUUGUGUCACUGGCUGAUGAGACCCAGUGUAUCAUUCCUGAUUUGAAUCCAGAGGAAGUUACUGACCUGAGCGCCCUUUUACAAGAAUUACAGAAUUCAUACCAAGCACUUGUUUUAAAAUCAGCUCAAAGAUUACAACAGCUAGAAUUCGAACUGGAAAAAAGGCAGAGGCUUAUUGCAGACAUAGAAAGGGUUCACAGACAGCUUCAAAGUGCUGAGACACUGACCAUUCCCGACAUAAAUCAAACAAUCACAUCCUCUGAGCUACGCGAUUUACAUGUCAUUUUAAAGGAGCUUUCAAAGGAAAUACAGGGGAUGGAAGGUCUCGUCUCAUCACAUCUCCAAGAGAGUGAGCACUCACAUGGGGAGCUAAACAUAUUCGAACAAUUAUUUGUAACUGACCAAUUAAGAUGCCUUAAGAAUAGAGCCAGGAAAAUACAGAAAUUAAUCCAGAAUAGAUGCCAAACUGUGGAAAAAAAGAUAGCUGUCUACACAGAUUUCUCUGAAAGAAUAACUUCAUUGCAUCAGGAGCUUAAUGAUCUAUGGUGUGAUGUAUUGAAACUGGAGAGAGAGGAAAUAUUAAGUGUAAAAGAGGAAGUUAAGGAUAAACUCGGUGUGCUUAAAGAGAGAACCUUAGCUGUUCAGUCUAGUUUGUUACAAAUAACAAAGUACAAGGAAAUAUUUGACUUUAUAAGGCUAAAUUGGGAUACUUCACACCAUGAUGAAUUGCAAACUCUAUUUCUUGAAAUUAAAAAUAAACUUGAAGGGAAGAUUAAAUGCUUUGACAACUUUGUUUUAGAAUAUGACAGGCAUCAAGCAUUGCAAAAUGAAAUUCAGGCCAUGACAUCCAGUAUAAAGAACGAAGCUGGCAUACUAACAAAUAGCCCUGGCUCUUCCAUAGAAACUAAUAUUAUAUCAGCACAAAUUUUGUGCCACAAAGUUCAACAAAUCAGGUACUUAAUCCAGGAGGCAGUAAAUCAAUUAAAUAUAAAUGAAGUCUUUGAUGUAUCACUCAAAGAGGCUAAGACACAGCAGAUAAAGAGACUGGAGGAAGAUAUUGAUGGGUUGCAUCAAUUUUUCCAUAACAUGAUAGUGGAUCUUCAGGCAGAGUGUGUAAAUAAACAAGAUUUCCAGAGCAAAUUGGAACACACAUUACAUACCAUAAAGCAGAUUAAAUCUGAGUUUCAGCAGCCUCUUCUGGUGGACUUGGAAAUGAAAAAAAUUCAGUAUGAAAAGAUGCAUUGUGAAGCAAUACAAGACAGAGUGCAAGCAGAAUUUUGUGCCCUGAAAGAUCUAAUGGGUAAAGAGAGAGAAAAGCAAGAAGAAAAAUCUUAUUUUAUUGCUGGUACGGAAGUGAAAUUAGAUGAACUGGAAGAUCUUGAAAUACAGCUGAGGACAGAUAUUGCUUCCCGUGUAAAUGCCAUAGAUGAAGCUCAUGAGAAUGUUAAGCUUUAUACCAAAGCCGUCCAAAGGGCUGUGGAUCUCCUCGCUGAAUACGAAGCCAGAAUUCUCUCAGCAAAAGUUGACCUUGGUAGCCUAGAAGAGUCCUGCCAAAUUCUACAUUGGAAACAAGAAAAAUUUGAAUCUGCAAAGGCCGACAUAGAGGAUCUGACCUCCAAACUGGAAAACGUAAUUAAACCAAGAGCCAAACCACAACUGAAAAAUACUUUAAGUGAGCUAGUCACUAAGAAUUCAGUACUGAGGGAGAAGGCGCAAAGAAAGAGAACUGAUCUGCAGAGACGCUUUGAAAAAUACAAAAGCUACACAAAAAUCAAAGAGAAGGUAUGUGCUAAUCUUAAUGAACUGGAAAAGAUUCUUGGACAAUCUUUGUCCCAAAUUCCAAGGUCUUACAAGGAAGCUCUGGAGCACUUGGAACAAAGCAAGGUUUUGGUCUCUAACCUUCUUUCGGCUGAAGAGGAUCUAAUGGCAUUGAGACGGGACUCAAGAGACCUGAGCAUGAUGUACAAAGGAAGUGACUGCACGCUUGUCAGGAUUGUACCAGCACUGUGGGGAAAGUGGCUUGGUUUGCUCGAGGCUGCAAAAGAAUGGGAGAUUAACUGCGAGGAGCUAAAACAGGAAUGGAAAUUUGUCAAUGAAGAAGUGGAACGGCAAGCAAUAAUUCUAGAUAAUCUUCAGGAAGAACUACCGGAAAGUCCUAAAGAGAAAGAGAAGGCCUCCACAGAUGCACUUUUAGAAUUGCUAGAAUAUGUGGACUGUUACGAGGAAAACAUGGACAGAGAGCAAUUGUUAUUGCUUUUACUACUUCAUCGUAUAAGAAGCAUCCUGAAUGUGCCUGAAAGCACUGAGAGAAAAGCAGAUGUUCCCAUUCGAUACGAGAUACAUGCAAUGCAAGAUCGAUGUAAAAAGCUAUCGCAAAAGGCUCAAAAACAUAAAAAAUCUGUGCAGGCUGAGAUUCAGGAAAGAGACAAGAUUAAUGAAGAGAUAAAUGCUGUGAGGAGUUCAUUACAAAAGGCCUCAUUUCUGUUGCGUGAUGGAGAGUCACAAGAGUCUACUGAAAAGGCAGCACAGUUGGAGGAGAUUCAGAGUAUAAUUAACCGAGCGAAUCAAUCUAUUAAGGAUAUUAUGGAGAAACUACGAAUCAAGUAUUCAGAAAUGUAUACAAUAGUCCCUGCAGAUAUUGAAACACAGUUGGAAGACUGCAAGAAAACAUUACAAGACAUAGAAGAGAAGGUUAGCACCAAAAUCUUGCAGAGCUCUCCUCAUUAUGCGAUGAAUAAAAAAGUAGAGAAUAUUAACAAUGGCCUGCAAGCUGUUGAAAAGAUGUUACAACGCAAGAGUGAAAACAUUGCAAAAGCCAAGGAAAUUCAAAAGACAAUCUGGGAUGUGCUAGACCUUUGGCAUUACAAACUGAAUGAACUGGACUCAGAAGUGCAGGAUAUAGCAGAACAGGAUCCAUGUCACGCACAGGAAUGGAUGGACAGCUUAAUGAUUCCUUUGCAGCAGUACCAGCAGGUCUCACAAUGUGCUGAGCGCAGAACCACACUCUUAAACAAGGCUACUAGUAAGAUGGAGGAAUAUGAGGAACUCUUGAAGAGCAUGCAGUUAUGGAUAGAAACCACCAAUCGUUUGUUAACUGUGGAGGCUGAAAAUGACUCUGCAAAAGCCCUGAGUAAACAUGCCAAUGCCCUUCAAGUAAGUAGGUUAAACUUCCUAGGAGCUAUCCUGGACUCCGACCUAGCCGGAGCCAGCUUACCACAGCCGCAGUUUCAGGCGAUGGCAUCAAUCAUCCGAGGUCUGCAGGCUUUCCCAACGACCUAG